AUGCCUACCCUCGCAUCCUACUCGCUGGGCGAGGUCGCCGAAGGUCUGCCCCAGAACCAUCCCUUCUUUUUCCAACUGUACAUUCCUCGAGAUCCCUCAGCAUUAGCCAAACUCCUGGAAGAAAUCCGUCGUGCUUCACCAGUGGCUGUCAUGGUAACUGUGGAUCUACCGGUCUUUAGCAAACGAGAGGCAAACGAGCGUUAUGAGAUGAGAAUGGCGAAGGAAAAGGGCAACUCAAAGGACAACAAACAGAAGAAGCAAUCCCGCGCCGCGAGUGCAGCAAUCAGCCCAGACGUCACAUGGACCCAAAUCCAAACGAUCAAGGAGAAAUUGGGAAUACCCAUCUUUAUCAAGGGGAUUCAGUGCGCCGAAGAUGCUAUGAAGGCCUUUGAAAGCGGCUGUGAAGGGAUUUACAUAUCCAAUCACGGCGGGCGGGGUGUUGACACAUCGCAGCCAGCGCUUCUAACCCUAGCAGAGAUCAAUAUCAAGUACCCAACGCUCUUAUCCAAAAUGAGUGUCUUUAUAGAUGGGGGUAUUCGUCAAGGCACGGAUGUUUUCAAAGCCAUCUGUCUCGGUGCUCACGGUGUCUGUCUUGGUCGACCUUUCUUUUAUGCUCUGAUGUAUGGAGAGGAUGGUGUGCGGCAUCUGAUGAAUAUCUUGCGAGAUGAGCUGGAAAACGCCAUGCAGUUGUGUGGAAUACAAUGCUUAAGUGAAGCUCACCCGGGAUUCCUGAACACCAAGGCCCUUGUGAGUAUGGUUGAUACAGGCGAAGUGCUGAACAUGGGAAGCAAACUAUAA